UUAAUCAUUUAUAAAUUAUAAUUAAUAUUAUGAGUUUUAAUAUAAAUGAUAUUCAAUGGUAAAAUGAAGAAUAUAAAGAUAAUUAUAUGAAAUAAGUAAUGGAUUUAAAAUAACUAGAAUCAGAUAGAUCACCAGUACCAGGCCAAGAUUCUAAAUAUGAAAUCGAAAAUUGGAUAGAUUUUAAUGUAAUUCAAGAAAAUAAAGUUAUAAAAUUAGCAACAUAUAAGUAAAGAGCUUAAAAUGAAAUAAAAGCAGUUUUAAUAAUAUUUCAUGGAUUAAAUUCUCAUAUAGGCUAAUCUUCUCAUAUAGCUGAAUUUUUGAGUAAAAAAGGAAUAGAAGUAGUAGGAUACGAUUUUAGAGGAUUUGGUAAAAGUGAAGGAAUUAGAGGCUAUUGUGAAUCAGUACAAUAACAUAUAGAAGAUGCAAAUAAGUUUGUCUCAUUAAUAGAAAAUAUUUAUUCUAAUAAAAAAAUAUUCAUUGCUGGAUAAAGUUGGGGAGGAUCUACUGUAUAUAAACUAUCACUAGACAAUCCAAAUAGAUUUUAAGGAGUAAUUUUAUAUGCUCCAGCAAUUAAGGAUAAUAAAUAUAACUCUCGUAUUGGAAAGUUUUUUGUUGGAAUAUUGGCUUCAAUAUAUCCUAAGCUUCAUACUUUACCUUAAAGAUUUGGAUUAUCAAAUAAAAAUUUAAAUGUCCCAGACGAACUAAUGAAAGAUCCUUAUGCUUAUAAUGGAAAUAUUAUUGUCGGAACAAUAAAACAUAUACUUAAUUUAUCAUCUUAAUUAGAAAAUACAUAUAAAGAUUAUAAGGCAAGAUUUUUAUGCUUGACCGCAGGAAAAGAUAAACUUGUUGAUCCAUUACUUGGAUUUUAAUUAAAUCAUGAAUCUCCUUCUGAAGAUAAAACUCAUAUUUUUUAUAAUAAUUGUUGGCAUAAUAUGUGGAAAGAAUAAGAAAUUUAUGAAAUGAAUUAAGUUGUAGCUGAUUGGAUAUUAAAAAGAAUAUGA